AUGGCGUCACCAGAAGCCAUGGCGGCUGCAGAAAUGCAUACUAAGGCUGAGGAUAUGAUGGAAAUCACAGACUCGCGCGACGCGCAGCCAUUGAAGCGCAGGGCGUCGCCCGAACCCCAGUACCACGACGAGAUACCAAAACGAAGCCGAUACGACUCCGAUGAGGAUGAUCGAGACCGCUCAAGACGACGGUCACGGUCACCGUCCUUCCAUAGAGAUCGCUCAGUUGCGGAAGAGACUGUCCCGGAAAGGCGUCCGCCUGUCGCCACGCAAGAGGACAAGAAACGUGGGAAGCGUUUGUUCGGAGGUCUGUUGAACACGCUCAACCAGGGGCCCAGCAGCUCCCAGCAGAAGCGCCGGCAAGAGAUCGAGAAGCGACAGAAGGAGCGCAUGCAGAAGCAGGCCACGGAGGAUGGACAGCGACGGGCCGAGAGGCUUGCGCAGCUAAGGACUGUCCGCAUCAGAGAGCAAAUCGUGCUGGACGAGGAAGUUAUGCGAAACCGACACAUAAAGAAGCUGGCGCUGGCGAGAUUUCUAAUGACCAGAGCCGAGCCCAGGAUUUACUACCUACCUUGGCAAUGCACCGACGAAGAGCAGGACGUCAUAGAUGAACAGAGGGAAAAGGCAAGGGAGCUUGUGCAGCGCGAGGAGAGUGAGUUUGAAAAACGCCGGAAAUGGUAUGUUGAACGACAUGGCGCAGCCGUAAGAUCAAGACCGCCAUCGCCGCCGCGGGAGGAGCCACGGCUACAGACAGUUAGCCCUCCAUCCACCGAUUCGGCCGUCGCCGCAUCUCCAAUGAAGGUGGACGAUGACACGGGCGUUAAAGAGGAGGACACACCGCAUGACGGACACGACUACGCCGGGGACAUUGUGGAACAUGAUGGGGAAGAUAUGGUGAUAUAUUGA